UUUUUUUUUUUUUGGAUUUGUUUGUUUGGGGGUUUUUUAAAUUUUUUUUUCGAAAGGAAGGACGAGUCCCCGAGAGCCGCGGCGCCGCGAGCCCCUCACCAUGUGUCUGUAAAAAACAAUAGGGCAAAAGUUGUCGGACCUUCUUUUUUCUUUUUCUUUCCUUGUUUUUUUUUAUUAUUAUUUUUAUAUGUAUUUUUUAAUUUAUAAUUUUUUUAAUGGCCCCCCAAAUCCCAACAAAGCCAGGUGUAGGGUGCCUGUAAAAGCUGUGGAAUAAGCCGGAGCGGGACUGACACUUUCCCUACUUUUUGGUGGUUUCGGAGGGUCACACACGUGUGAGACAAUAAAGCACUUUGGCAGAAGAUUCCUCUCUUUUUAUUUUGAUUCUUUUGAUUCCUUUUCUUUUUUUCCUUUUUUCCCCCCCCCUUGGAAUAUUGUGAACAUAUUUGUGGCCAUUUAAGGUUUGUGUGAUUUUGCUAAAAUGCAUCACCAACAGCGAAUGGCUGCCUUAGGGACGGACAAAGAACUGAGUGAUUUACUGGAUUUCAGUGCGAUGUUUUCACCUCCCGUGAGCAGUGGGAAAAAUGGACCAACUUCCUUGGCAAGUGGACAUUUCACUGGCUCAAAUGUAGAAGACAGAACCAGCUCAGGGUCCUGGGGGAAUGCAGGCCAUCCGAGUCCAUCCCGGAACUAUGGAGAUGGGACUCACUACGAUCACAUGGCCAGCAGAGACCUCGGCUCCCACGACAAUCUCUCUCCUCCCUUUGUCAAUUCCAGGAUACAAAGUAAAACAGAACGAGGUUCCUACUCAUCAUACGGACGAGAUUCCAACUUACAGGGCUGCCACCAGCAAAGUCUCCUGGGAGGGGACAUGGACAUCGGCACCCCCGGAGCGCUGUCCCCGUCCAAGCCCGGCUCCCAGUACUACCAGUAUCCCAGCAAUAAUCCGCGCCGGAGGCCUCUGCACAGCUCCUCCAUGGAAGUUCAGACAAAGAAAGUUCGGAAAGUUCCUCCGGGUUUGCCGUCCUCAGUUUAUGCUCCCUCAGCCAGUACUGCCGACUACAACAGGGAUUCUCCAGGUUAUCCCUCCUCCAAACCAGCAACCAGCACUUUUCCCAGCUCCUUCUUCAUGCAAGAUGGCCACCACAGCAGCGACCCCUGGAGCUCCUCCAGCGGGAUGAACCAACCUGGCUACGGGGGAAUGCUGGGCAACUCUUCCCACAUUCCCCAAUCCAGCAGCUACUGCAGCCUCCACCCGCACGACCGCUUGAGCUACCCAUCCCACUCCUCAGCCGACAUCAACUCCAGUCUUCCUCCGAUGUCCACGUUCCACCGGAGCGGGACCAACCAUUAUAGCGCCUCGUCCUGCACCCCCCCGGCCAACGGCACCGACUCCAUCCUGGCCAACAGAGGAAGUGGGGCAGCGGGAAGUUCGCAGACUGGUGAUGCCCUGGGGAAAGCACUCGCCUCUAUCUAUUCUCCAGAUCACACCAACAACAGCUUUUCAUCAAAUCCUUCAACUCCUGUUGGUUCUCCCCCUUCUCUCUCAGCAGGAACAGCUGUUUGGUCUAGGAAUGGAGGUCAAGCGGCAUCAUCUCCCAAUUAUGAAGGUCCCUUACACUCCCUGGUUUCGCGCGCCCGGAGCGGCCCUGGAAGUCUCAUCCCUAUGGAAGUCGCGUGGUGGAGCCGGGGCGGGGAGGGUUGGAGGUGCUCCCAAGAGGGAAGUGGGGUGUUGGGAUCUACUGGAAAGGGGAGCCGGAUCGAGGACCGGCUGGAGCGGCUGGACGACGCCAUCCACGUGCUGCGGAACCAUGCGGUGGGAGCGGCGCCCAUGGCCGGGGCCCACGGGGACAUGCAUGGGCUGCUGGGCGCCCACAACGGCGCCAUGGCCGGGCUGGGCGCCGGCUACGGCACCGGGCUGCUCUCGGCAAACCGCCACUCCAUCAUGGUGGGAGCGCACCGGGAGGACGGGGUGAGCCUCCGCGGGAGCCACUCGCUCGUGCCCAACCAGGUGCCCGUCCCGCAGCUUCCCGUCCAGUCGGCCACGUCCCCGGACCUGAACCCGCCCCAGGAUCCCUACAGGGGAAUCCCGACAGGACUGCAAGGCCAGAGCGUCUCGUCGGGCAGCUCCGAGAUCAAAUCUGACGACGAGGGCGACGAGAACCUCCAGGACACCAAGUCUUCGGAGGACAAGAAACUGGAGGAUGACAAGAAGGAUAUCAAAUCCAUUACUAGGUCAAGAUCUAGCAAUAAUGACGACGAGGACCUGACCCCGGAGCAAAAGGCGGAGCGGGAGAAGGAGCGGCGCAUGGCCAACAAUGCGCGGGAGCGGCUGCGCGUGCGCGACAUCAAUGAGGCCUUCAAGGAGCUGGGCCGCAUGGUGCAGCUCCACCUCAAGAGUGACAAGCCCCAGACCAAGCUCCUCAUCCUCCACCAGGCCGUGGCCGUCAUCCUCAGCCUGGAGCAGCAGGUCCGAGAACGGAAUCUGAAUCCAAAGGCUGCGUGCCUGAAAAGAAGGGAAGAAGAGAAGGUCUCCUCGGAUCCGCCCCCGCUGUCCCUGGCAGGGCCCCACCCUGGGAUGGGAGAUGCCUCCAAUCACAUGGGACAGAUGUAAAAAGGUCCAAGUCGCCGCGUUCCUGCCUGGAAAAGCGAGAGACCACUUCCUUAUCCGCUGUAUUCUCUUAAAUCCCACAGAAACACUUCUCCUUGCGAAACCCUUUUGUUUUGUAAGAUAAGACAAGUCUGAGCAGUUCUGAAUCCCAGACGCAAGAGAUUCCAGCAUUCCCGAGGGAAAAAAAACCACAAAAAACCCACGGAACCCAACGAGAAAAAAACGAAACAAAAAAGUGCAACUUUUGGAGGGAUGACUCUCUUUGAACAUAUCAAGCAGAAUGUCCAACUUGGAAUUCCGAGACUGAAUGGCAAUCUUUUUCCACACUGUGGGACAAUGCAUUUGUGCCUAAAAUUCCUUGGUUUUUUUUUGGGUUUUUUGGGUUUGAGGUUUUUUUUUUCGUUUUUGUUUUUGGGGUUUUUUUGGGGGGUUUUUUUUGGUGGUUUUUUGGUGGUGUUUGGGGUUUUUU